CCUUACAUUUCAAUAAUGUAAGUAAGAAAGAGAGCGGUGUUACGGAUUUUCUGUCAGGCACAUUAGAGGGCACCUCAGUCAAAUGACGAGGGUCCUUCAACAACCCGGAAGUCUGGCUUCCACAUGUUUUUGUGUACGCUCGCCGGUUGCUAAGCGGUGUUAUCACAUUGUAGUCAAUACUUGUGGUGCUUUUAGGCUCAAAAACGAAAUCUAACAGGAUGAAAGUGGUUGCGUUAAUAAGUGGGGGCAAAGACAGCUGCUACAACAUGAUGCAGUGUGUUGCUGCUGGGCACCGGAUCGUAGCUCUGGCCAACCUGCGCCCUGCUCACACAGAUGAAUUGGACAGCUACAUGUACCAGACGGUGGGCCACCAGGCUAUAGAACUGUAUGCCGAUGCCAUGGACUUACCUCUAUAUAGACGCACCAUCCAGGGAUCCAGCCUGGACACUAGCAGAAACUACAGAGAGACAGAGGGAGAUGAGGUAGAGGACCUUUAUCAGCUGCUGCACCUUGUGAAGGAAAAGGAGGGCGUCGAAGCGGUGUCAGUAGGGGCCAUUCUCUCUGAUUACCAGAGGGUCCGGGUGGAGAAUGUAUGUUUGCGGCUUGGUUUGCAGCCAUUGGCCUACCUGUGGCGGCGAGACCAAGAGUCCUUGCUCUCUGAGAUGAUAUCAUCAGACCUUCAUGCGAUCCUCAUCAAAGUUGCUGCUUUCGGCCUGGAUCCAGAGAAGCACUUAGGAAAACCUCUGGCUGACAUGGAGCCCUACUUGAAACAGCUCUCCCAGAAGUAUGGAGUCCAUAUAUGUGGGGAAGGAGGUGAAUAUGAAACCUUCACCCUUGAUUGUCCUCUCUUCAAAAAGAAGAUCGUUAUUGAUGGGGCAGAGACGGUGAUCCACUCAGCAGAUGCCUUUGCACCGGUUGGCUACCUGCGCUUCACUAAAAUGCACACGGAGAGCAAAGACACCGAUGUGGUGGCGAGAGCUUUGCCCCAUGGUAGUUGUCCUUGCCAAAAUGCCAUUGACAAGAUGACUGAGGAGGUGGAAUAUGCUGAUCAAGCUGAAGACAACCAGCACGAAUUUUCAUCAAACUGUGACCUUAGUUGUCAGUGGGGCCACGACGUCUCUCCAUCUUGCUCUUUAAGAAGUUCCGGAGGUUAUCAGUGGAUCUGUGGCAUCAAUGGCCUGCAGAGCCAAGACUCUGGGAUCCAGGGCCAGACAUCGGUAGCUUUCAUCCAGCUGCAAAGGGAGUUGGACAGCAGGGGCUGGAAGAUGAAGGACAUUGUUCUGGUUCACCUGUACGUAAAAAACAUGGAAGAUUUUGUUGAACUCAAUGCAGUCUAUAAGAAACACUUUGACAUCAACCCUCCAGCCAGGGUGUGUGUCCAGGUGCCUCUACCUGCUGGCCAGCUGCUGCAGAUGGACUGUCUCCUCCAUGACUGGACCGAGCCCCUGGCAGAGGGCUGCUUCAAUCAGAGAGAAGCUCUGCACGUCCAGAGUCUGUCCCACUGGGCCCCAGCCAACAUCGGACCCUACAGCCAGGCCCUCAGAAUCAAUGACGUGGUGUUCUGUUCUGGCCAAAUUGCUUUGGUACCCUGUAAAAUGGAGUUGGUAAAAGCUGCCACCUACACCCAGACUCGCUUGUCCUUCAGCCAUAUGAAGAAGGUUCUGGAAGCUGUGAUUGGCAGCUUGACUCUGGCUCAUGUUGUCCAGGCCCAUUGCUACACUACAAGGCACCAAGACAUCCAGAUCAUCCGUGCCGUCUGGGAGAGCAUGCUGAGAGCCACAGAAGGAGAGAAGGACUUGUUGUGGGACUCUGCGAUCAGACGUGUGCCGUUAUUGGUCAUUGUGGUACCUGCCUUGCCCAAGGGUGCAGCCGUUGAGCUUCAUGCAACUGCAGUUCGUGACGAUCCCACCCAAAGGACUUCCUGUCACGUGACUACAAAGAUAGCCUGUGGAUCUAUAGAGUGUUACACUCUACUGUCUGCUGACAGCCAUAGUGCUUCGCUUUCACUUUUCCUGGCUGUCCAUGGUGAUAACUUGGAGGCCACUGAUGUAAAGCAUGUAACAGAAGAAGUUGGCACUGCAUUCAGGAAAGCCACAAAGAAGAUGGAUGCUAAGCUGGUGCCACAGUGUGCUAGGGUGUUCUUCAAGUGCAGCCACUCACUGGCACAGCAGAUUGUUAAAGGACUUGAGGAAACUUUAAGAAGCUCAGUAGCAGAGUCCAGUCCAUCCAUAGCACUGGUUCCAGUCCUGGACUUGCCUGACUCCCAGAUCUUCCACCUGUCCUGCUGGCUCAGUUUAUAGAAUCUCAGCCAGAGUCAACAGCCAGACUGAAGCCAUACACAGCUCUGGAAUUUAGUGGAGCUUUUCUGGAGGAAGACACUGACAGACUAACACCUAAUGACUUACAACAGGACAUCAGUGAAUGUGGAAAAAGAAAAACGGCGUAACUGCUCAUUAAUGUUUGACUGUUUUUUUUGUUUUACAGCUCGUUGUUGAAAAGCAAAGCCGUAUGCGCCUGCAAGUGGUUUUAACAGUGUGUGGUUUUGAGGAUGUUUUUAGUCCACUUCAGACCCCAGAAUGAAGGCCGGUAAUCCCCUUUGUCCUCCACUGGAGACAUAGACUGCAACAGCUGUUAUUCUACCUCUGAGACAAAGCGUAUGGAACUUCCACAACCUAAAGCUGCGUGCCAAACAACAAGAGACUGGAGUUUGCAAAAGGAGACACUGGUAGUGUCUCAUUCCAUGUAGCGAUAAACUGUAUCCUCUGAUAUGUCAUUGCUUCUGGUAGAAUUUCUUUAAGCACGCUAGCUAACAGCCCUCAUAAAGGCCACAGCUGAAACCAUCUGCUCCACUGCAAACCUAUAGAUUUACUGUGCGACUGGCUUGUGGCUGUUUUAAGUGCAUUAGAAUGAGGUGAGAGUUUUUCUCUGUCUCUCGUGCUCUGUGAGAUUCAAGGUGUGUUAUUAUUGUGUAAUAGGCAAUCAGCACCAAGCACCUGAAAAGAUUAGGCCUCUUUAUGUUUUCUAUUGAUUCUAAGGCUGCCUGGUUAAUAGGAGAAAGACGCUACCACACACAGCUGCAGGGCAUGUGUGUGUCCUGUGAACGUAAAAGUGUGUGUAUUUGGGGUGCAGGGGGUUGUCAGUGGACACAGUGUGACAAUGCGCAAAGAAAAUAACACCAUUAACCAUUGCUCCUGGAGCUUUUCUUUUCUCAAAGAUCAUGAACUGUAUUGAUAAUUUGAGUUGGAAUACAUCUUCACUCCAGCUAUUGUCUUCAUCGCACAUGUGAUGGCGGUGGAGUUGAGUGGGCUUAUCGAUCUUCACCCAACCCACCACGGCGCUGUUUUGAUUGUUGUUAUCAAAAAUUGAACAACAGAGGUGGCCAAUAGAGCCUGAAGAAUUUUAUUGAAGGUUGAAAAAACACAAACAAGCAAUUAUUCAUGAGAGCGAGCCAAUCCCCCAUAAAUACAGAGCGUUUAACUUUCACCUGGUUUUUAAAGGGCCCAACGUCAGGGAAUUUUUUUACCUGUCAAAUGUGUAUCAGUGUUGGGGGUUUUUUGUACGCUGAUUUUUGUGAGUCAAGUAAAUAGCUGUAAAUGUCAUCCACAAAUUUUUGACUGUAUUUUAAUGUUGUCCAUAAAUCUUUAAAUAUACAAAUCUGAAUAAAACAGAGCCAAAGAAGUCUUUCCUAUGUCAUUUUCCUUUUUUUUUUAAAUAUGUGAAUUCCAAGCAACAUGCUACCAAAUCUGUGCUAAACAAACUUGCAUGCUCAGCAGUUUUCUGUUUAUUGCUUUACAAAGGAUAUUGAGAAAUGUAAUUUUAUUGUGCUUUGAAUCCUCUUUUUGAUUGUGAAACAGCGACAGUACAAGGAAUUCCCAUGAAACAAACUGUUAAAAUUCAAGAGUCAGCUUCUCAGUAAAUACAGAGGAGCAGAGCCACUGAAAUUCUUUGCACGGCUACAACUUGUCAAUCACGCGCCAAGCAUUACAUUUCGUCUUUCAGUGGGAAUGUUCUCACAGAGACACAGACGAAGCGGCAAGUAUAUCAUCACAAGCCAAUGCGAUGGCCUAUGGCAGACGCACUUCUUUGUGUCCUUACCACUGUGGUGCCUCACAAAAUGAAUACAGACAGGGUGACAUUUAUUUUUCAAGAGUGUUUUGUCAAAUGUACAUUUUCUACCAAGCUGACCUGCAACCACUCUACAAACAAACUGGCUGUUGUGGCUAAUAUUGUCCUUUGUGCGCAGUGUACCAGCCUCGGGCCCUUGUCAUUGUGGCCUUGCACAUGGACUUUAACUGUGUGUUUCUUCCUCUAGGCAAACCCCGCUGAUGUGUUUGACUCUCUUUCCCCAUAGCAGUGGGCUACAGAGCCCAGCUCGGGAGCGGCCUCUCUGCAUGAGACGCCUCCUCCUCGUAUUGUGGUCUGCUUGCCUCAAUGACUGUGGUUUUGUUUGUUUUGAUGUUUGAAUCCUUUUCCUUUCGUAAUGCAUUGUUUUCGUCCCCUGACGCAUUGUGAAAGGAUGUCUUUAUGGUCACAGCUCUGACUUCAUGAAACUUUCCUCAUGCUCCUGAACUGGGAAGCUGAGACUUGUUAUUAAGUGGUGUUUGCUGCCCUCAUGUGGUCAGCGUAUAAACUGCAAUUUAAACGAGUAAGAGCAACCAGUUUCACUCUUUUCCUAUUAUAUCCUCAGUAAAAUUAUGUGUGAAUUUAGCCAAGCGGGAAUACAGACAGAAUUUAUUUACAUUUACAUCUUAUUUGCAAGAUCACUGAAAUAUUUCUUUCUUUCCACCCACAUUCACAUCAUAUGAAGGUACUGAAAUGCUGAAUCCAUAUCUAAACAGUACGGAAUUGAGUAUCGCUCUUUCCAUACUUUUGUGUUUUCAUUGACUAAUUUAUUUACGCUCAUGCCCAGUCGACAGGUAUUUCAAUAUACAAUAGCAGAAAAAGCACUUGUGAAAGUAAUGCGCUUACAACUGGUUCACUCUGGUCAUUGUAAUAAUGAGCCAGCCUGAAAAUAUCAAACAACAUACCAAAGCUGUAACACUAGAACCCCUGAACAGGAUGCAGUUAAUAACAAUCUAGUUACGCCUGUCAGUAAGGCUAUGCCUGUUGAUUAUAUUCAUUCGUGUCUUAAAUAUGUCAUAUUUAUCAGUUCUUUGUUAGAUAAACAAAAUACUAGAAGACUGAAGAUGAAUGUUAGAUCCAUAAUUUGUUUGAGACACUGUUAUCAUAGUUGUACACCACCACAGUAGAUUUUAAAUUGAAGAAUAUGUCACUGAAGCACAGGAUUCCAGCUUUAAUUCAAUAUUU